AUGUCAGGCCAGGAUUACUACGGUCAGGGUCAAGGCCACGAUCAAGGCUACGGCUACAGCCACGGCGGCGCAUACCAGCAGCCCCAACAGCCGCAGCAUGGCUACGGAGAGCAUAACCAGGGCUAUCCUCCUCAACCUCAGGCGUACGGACAGCAGCCGCACGACCAGUACGGCCAGGGACAUCACAGCCCCUACCCGCAAGGACAGAGCUCCUACCCCCCGCCGUCGCACGACCCUUACGGACAACCUCCCCAGCACGGCUAUGGUGCCCCGCCCCAGGGCCAGUACCAGCAGAGCUACGACCCAAACCGCAGCACUUCUCCCUACCCCCCUCAGGGCCAUCAGCAGCAAGGCUACCACGACCCGAACCAGCAGUAUGGCGCGCAUCCACAACAGGGCCAUCACGAACCGCAGCAAGGCUAUGGUGCGCCGGCAUAUGUGCAACCCGGCGUACCCGGCGGCCCUGGCGAAGGCGACCGCGGCCUGGGUUCAGCUCUGAUGGGAGGUGCAGGCGGCGCGUUCGUGGGUAACAAGCUCGGAGGCGGCGCGCUGGGCACGCUUGGAGGAGCGCUUUUGGGGGCGGUUGGCGCCAACCUCAUUCCUGACAAGAAGGAGAAGAAGCACAAGAAACACAAGAAGCACGGCAGCUCUGAGCAUGGCUCACACCACGGCUCACACCACGGGUCUUCGCAUCAUGGAUCGCAUCACGGAUCGCACCACGGGUCCUCGCACCACAGUCAUAGCCACAAGAGCCACAGUAGGAGCCGUAGCAGGGGCGGCAAGAGCAGCUCUAGUUCUAGCAGUGACUCGGACUAG